UUCUGCAAAGAAUCUUUCUUUGUUGAUUCCAAUGGAAAUUAAGUCAAAUCGUUUUUGUUCCUAUCUGAGACUGUUAAGACUAUAAACUGCGUAACAGAUACAAGAAGAAAGAAAAAUUGAGUUGCUCCGUUUCAUAUAAAAGCACUGUAUGUAUACAUAACAGUAUAGCAUAAUUAGUUUGCACUUGUUUAAACAUUCUCCUAUACAUGAUGUUUCAAAUUCAAUCAGUACUCUCAGCCUUCCUGGUUUCUCUCCUUUUUAACUCUUUCUUCGAUACUUCAGUUGCGUAUUAUUUCCCUUCAUUUUCGUGCAAUGGACUUAACAUUUCAUAUCCUUUCUGGAGCCUUGACAACUACAACUCUUCCUAUCCUCAAUACGGUGGUUAUCCAGGACUUGGUAUACACUGCUCUCAAAGUACCAAUGCAACUCUUUACCUUUCCAAUAAUACAUUCUUCGUCAAAAGUAUUAAUUAUACGAACCACUCCCUGACCGUGAUGGAUAGGGAUAUUACUGAUAACUUGGCGUGCCCGAGAGCACGUCACAACCUCAGUCUGGACCAUUUGCCCCUAGAAUACUCCAAGCUUGAUAUGCACUAUACCUUCUACUAUAAUUGUACUAGUCCCCUUCCGUCUUCUAUUCCUGUAGAUUGCUUAACAUCAGGCGAGAAGAAGUCAUAUUAUUAUAUUGGGCAUAAUAAACCGAAAGAUUUAAAUUGGUACGGGAUUUGUGAGGAUAAGGUGGUGACAACGGAGUUAGACGAAGGGUCGACUAGAGGGCUUGCUACGGCGCUUGAUCAGGGGUUCAUACUGGACUAUAGCGAACCCAAUUGCGUCAAGUGCGAGGCCACUAACGGGCUUUGUCUUUACAACAAUUCAACCAACAAAUUCUGGUGCCACUGCAAAGAAGGUAGCACAAAGUUUGAUCACUGCACAUCCAAAGGUCGAAUCAUACCUGUGAAGCUCUCAAUAGGUACCAAGUUAAUUUUUAUUCUCAAUAGCAUUAUCCGCGGUAGGAACUGCAAUAGCUGUUACGUGCUGCUUGAUAUGCUGCUUCCGAUAUAG